AUGAUUGUGACUAUGCAAUUUGCCUUUGUCCUUCCGACUCUUUAUAUUUUGACAUUGGCGCCUCAGCUGGGCAUGAGACAGUCCAGUUUCGUUACGCAUUCGGUCAUCCUCGAGGUUCUAAUAUUUGGAAUCUUGGCUACGGUCGCGGGGGCCGAGCGCCUUGCAGCCGUCAGACCUGGCACUUUACCAAUCGAAGGCGCAAUUGGUAUCAUUCUUGCCGUUGCUUUCUGCAUAGGCUUCAUUGGAUACAAGGCUCUUCAUUUCAUCUGCCAGUAUAUCUGGAUUCCCAGUGGAAUAUCAAUGUUGAUACUGGUCGGCUGUGCAGGAAGUAAAUUAUCACACCAAACACCAGCCACUUCCUUUGGGGCUGCACCAUACCUGGCAACCAUCUCAAUCUGUGCAGCCAACAUGGCAACAUGGGGAACGAUUGUUGGAGAUUAUGCUUGCUAUAUGCCCCCACAGGCUCCACGGCUUCGUCUCGCCUUGUACUGCACGGCAUUUGGCGGCGCUAUACCUUCCAUUCCUUCGUGGACUUCAGCUUAUGCUGCAGGUGGUGUAGGAGGUGUACUGGGAGAAAUUCUCAUCUCUCGUCUGGGUGGAUUCGGCAGGUUCAUCCUCAUUCUUCUGGGCAUGUCAAUUGUCACCACGUCAGCACGUGAUAUGUACAGCAUGUCUCUGUUCACUGUCGCUGUUGUUCCGUGGUUAGGCAGAGUUCCGCGGGUGUUUAUUCUGUGUGGAGCAGCAGCUGUCAUGGUCGGUGUUGCCAUUGCAGCCUCGCGCUCGUUCCUUUCCACCCUAAGCACUUUGGUGAGCAUUGCAGGUUACAUGACGGGGCCUACAGUCUGCGUUUUUCUGAUUGAGUGGUUAUAUUUUCGUAAAGCAGACCCUUCGAAGUUGGAUCCAACUAUCUGGAAUGACGCUGCUGCACUUCCUUCAGGGAUCCCGGCAAUUAUUUCCAGCCUGGUUCCUUGGGCUCUCAUCAUCACAUCCAUGUCCACUGGUUGGUAUGUGGGGCCAAUUGCAAUGCGAAUUAGUGAUCUGGCAUAUGAACUAGGCACGGUGACUGCCGGUCUAUUAUAUUUUCCACUUCGGCUGUUAGAAGUUCGCUGGCUUGGACACGUUUGA